AUGGGACUGCUACUGUCUGUCGUUAUCUCGUACGCCGGCGCCUACGAAGCCAUCGAGUGCCUGAAACACAUACUGAGUGGCGUCAUACCCGACUCGCAUCCCGACUUCCAAGAACUCGUCGAGUACUACAGCAGCCAACUGAGAAAGGCGGCCAACACAUCCUCCGCGGGGGACUGGAGCAAAGAAUGCGGUCAGGGAUACCUAUAUUUAACAGAAGAUAAAAAUGGAAAACUAAAAUCGGCCGCUGUCAAGUAUUACGGUGACAACACGAACUCGACCGCCAUAUUGUUCUCUACGAAAAUCUCCAGCUUCGGCCAGGAUUCCCUCGAGGAGAGCCAAUCGAACGGAGACACCAGGAGCGACAGGUACAUACCGACGAAAACGAAAACUAUUCUAACGAACUCCUCAGGGUCGAUCAGUGUCGGACAAAGAAACAGAUCACCUACACCUACGCCUCGUGAAACUAUUUCAGAUUCAAAUCACAACAGCUUUACUUCAAACUCUGUCGCGCCUGACGCGAAGGAGGAGGACGGGGCUGACGAGAAACUGACAUGGCAUUACAGACCACUGAGUCCCACCCGCACCCCGCCAACACUGCCCGAAAUACAUUUCCAAUCAUUCGACGAAGACAAAAGAGGCGUCUACAGCGAAGACUUCCUCAGAUCUCUUGAUGGGAUUAAGUUCCGACCGUUACAACGAAGCGACCCGAGUGGCAGGCGACGGAGUUUCAAAAAGCGGCAUUCUUCGUCGUCGAAUUCUUCCAAAGAGUCGCGUGCAUCCCGCGAGGAAGAACUAAAGAUGUUCACGUCACUCGAGGAAGCUGAGUUCGAGCGUAUGAACAAAGACGACAAAGUCGGAGGGUUCGGAAGCACUCCUAAUCUAUCAGCGCGUUCUUAUUCCAGAAGUCGGUCGAGGGAAAACUCGAGGGAGAGAAGGAGUGACCACUGGAGCGUGGAAGCGUCGGUAGACAGCGCGGCUUCCGAAGACAAUGCCGAGCUAAAGCCGAUGUUGAAAGACGUUCCAAAGCUGAACUCCUUCGAGGAAGAGACGACCGAGACUAAAGAGGUAAUUGAAGAGGAGGAAGAAGAAGUAGACUUCUGGGGCUCCUCGGGGGACUAG